AUGAAUAAUCAAAUCCACCUCCGACAAGAUAUCAUAAGAGAAGAUACGAGAACAGCACUCAACGAGCGGUUAAGAAUUACCCACACCAUUCCUGCUAUUCUUUCAGAAUCUAGAUAUCACACGGUAGAAGAGCUAGAGAAAGCUGGCUACCACUUCAUGAAGGGUGGCGAGAAGCACCAAUUCGAAGCACACCAUACGGAUAAACCUCCCACCCGCUUUACAAGCCAUCUCAGACUUAGCGAGAUAGAGCUAGCGCAAUGUGGUCUUCUGGAGGAACUUGGCAAGCUUCGUGAGAUUGCUCCUCAUCCAGACUUUCAGACUGGCUUGGCAGCGACGAUGAAACGGAAAUACAGCUACUACCAAAAUAAGAAGGGAAUACAAGAUGAAGUUGGAGUCAAGAGACUUCAGCUGGCAGAGAUUCUGCGUCGUGAUACAGACGACUCGAAGAAGUAUUUCUUUCAUAGAGCUCUCAGUCUAGGCCAGAAGCUGCUUGAUAUCUCGAUUCCUGGGUACGAGAAUACCCACUCUUUUCAAGAUAUUGAAUGGCGUCGAAACACCGCGAUGACCUUCAACGAGGAGUCAAAUACGACGCUUAACUCUAUCCAACUCAAUUAUACCCAGCAAGGAACAGCCAUCGCAGACGCUUUAAAGGGAAAAGCGCAUCUGCAUUGCGAUAAAGACAUAUCCUUCUCGCGACAUGGCCAUCAAGAAAAUCGCGCAUAUGAUGGUUUUGGUGACUACAAAGGAGACACAGUUUUCACGGAACUGGAUUCUCCUCGUGCGUUUGAUACAGCUGUAGAUACUGUUCCUGCAAAUCCUGGCUGGGUACCUAACUCUGAUCGCACCAUGGACCAAUUACGCCCCUUUACUACUAGUUUCCACGACGACGUCAAAUACAAUGGCUCUGGAUACUGGCUACACACAAUUGACGCGAAGUUGAGGGGCCCUAAACUAGCAAAAUUGUCUUCCACAAUCCCUCCAGAGCUGGACGUAGGUAGACAACAUACCGACGAGGAACUUAACGAUAUUGGCUAUAUUCGACUAGAGCCAGGUGUUUGCCAUUUUGUAGCAGCUCCCAAUGCUCCUGAUGGCAAGCGAUUCGACCACGCAUAUCUAUCUGCAGUCGAGAUUGAGAAAGCUGGUCUUCUCGACCGCCUAGUUAAAGUUCGAGAAAAGAUGCUGCAUCGCGACUUUCAGCCGAAGCUACAUACCACGAUGGCGAAGGUACGGAGCCGUAAAUUUAUGGAAGAUCGUGCAAAGAUUUACGAGCUCGGAAUCACGGUGCAAAAGCGUACAGGCCGACACAGUAUUCAGAACGGAGUCAUACUUCGAGACUAUGCUGACAGAGAUAAUCGAGAUUUGACAGUAGAGCUCACAAGCAUUGCGAAUGCCUUACUCGAGACCUAUGCUCCUGGGAUGAAAGAUGAAUUUCGAGCGAAGCUAAAUUAUCUCGAGAUAGAUGAAGGUAUGGAUGGACUUCGAAAGUUUGGACAAGGCCACAUCGACGAGCGAGAUCAUCCCAAUAUGUUUACUGUGCUCUUCUUCCUCGGAAACCCACCUCCUGAUUACCACGUGGGAAAUUUUGCACUACUAGGAGAGAGAACUGUAUGUCCAACUGCACCCUUGUCAGCUCUUGUGUUCUCUGGGAAAAGAUGGAAUGCUGGUAUUGCUCCUAGACGCUACGAUGCCGAUACACCAGCAUCACUACGCUACGUAUCGCCAGUACAAAUUCCGGAGUUGCCAGCAGGGACUCCUCUCAUGCGCUUGUCUGUCGUUGCUUAUCCUAAUAGAAGGAUGACUGAUGUACAUCCACAAGAACUUGGGUACGAACUCUUUACGUCUGCUGGCAGCGCCUGUUUUCAAAGCCAGAAGAAGUAUCAGGAGUGGAGGAUGUCCUAUUAUAUUGCGCAUGAGCGGGCUAUGGUAGCACUAGAGGCUUUGGAGAAUCGGGAAAAACUGAGCGAGAAAGCACCCAAGAGAAAGGGCAAUGGAAGGGAUCGGUAUGUCCAGCUAGAUACUACCGGUAUCGUACGACAUACACUACCAUCGUACUUUGUCAACAAGUUUCAAUGGCGCGACGAACUAACUGGCCAAGUGAUGUUCCCAUCCACACAACUGGCAAUUGACACAAUUGCACAUAUCGGGCAUCCUAAUGAAGAAUGGGACAAUCUUUCUAAGGAUAUGGCACACGUUAGCCUUGGUGGCAAAGCACCUGGAAAGAGGAAGCCUUCGGAAAGGAAGAUGCUGGAGGCUGGAACGUUUGAAGGAUCCAAGAGACUCAAAUCAAAUGAAAGCGCAAAUGAAAUGAAGAGUGCUGAGUACCAGCUGGAAGAAAGAGUUGGUAUGGUCGAGGAGGAAUUCUAUCGAUGGGAAGAACCUUUGAUUGAGCAGGAUAAUGGUGAUGGCAUGGACCACCAAGAGCCAGCUUGGGAGAGGUUUAGAAUUAGAGACUGGGAAUCAUUUGAGGCUCCGUGA